CCCUCCUCCAAAGGAUCUUCCUUGACCCAGGGAUUGAACCCACGUCUCUUUUGUCUCCUGCAUUGGCAGGCAGGUUUUUUACCACUAACAUCACCUGGGAAGCCCUGGUGGCUAAGGACCAAAAUGAAUUAGUCAGCUCUUGCCUUAUCAGGAACUCACAAAUUAGUGGAAAAGAUAGCCAGAUAAUAAGGUAUAGACAUUCUCUCUGUGUAUUAAAUAUAAAUUUAAAAACAUAUAAAAGUGAUUAAUUAUUCCUGAAUAAAUCUGGAAGGACCCAAUAGAAGGUAGCGUUGGUGGGAAAUCAACAGUUUGGUGCAUUAAAGGGACUUGGGGCCCUGAAACUCCCACUGUAUGUGCAAAUGUUGUAUCUGCAUUUGCUGUAUAUGCCAUUUUCUUCAGAUUAGGAGACUGAUGCUGCCAAAAAGGCAGCUCUAGUAGACCUUUUUCUUGAUAGGUAGUUAGAAAUACAGAUAUUCCUCAGCCCUGCUGAUGGGUAUCUCAGGGCUGAUAAAAUGAGAGAACUCUAUAACCUCCCCGCCAGCCCUAGCUGUUUUAGAGGACUAAGAAACUCAGAGGUCAUGCAGCUGGGUGCCUCAUUUUUUUUUGCCCUCAUUUUUUUGAUGAGGAACCUUAAAGGGCACUGGCCUGCUCCAGGUCACAGAGCUCUUUAGAGACAGAACUUGGAUGAGCACCCCGAACUCUUCUUGACCAUCUUGCCUUCCCCUCUCCUGGCUCUCUCUGAAGUCACUGGUUAGGCUGGCCUCCCCCGCUGGCCCCCAUUGCCUGGUUCUGGCCCAGCUCCUGGCGGGUGAGGUGAGUUUGCUCCUCCUCCAUCCUCCUGAGGCUGGUUCCUUCUUCCCUCUCUAUUUUGGAUCCCCUGCCCAAAAUGCCUGCUAUUCUGUGUCAGAGAGUGAAAAUUCUUGUUCAAAUCCCUAGUCAACCAAACAUCAACUGUAUGAAAUAGGACAAAUUGUUUAAUCUUUCUAGUUUCUUUAACUAAGACUUUACUGUCAUAAGCCUCAGUGUCCUCAUCCACGCAUGAAGAGUUAAAGUAGUACCGAUGUUUAACUGUCAUAGGAAUGCUUUGAGAUUCUUGUGAUGCCAAAUUGACAUAGUGUGUGUAAGGCACUUAACAAAGUGACUGACCCAUAGAAGCACUUAACAAGUAUUAACAAUGAUCAGGAAGAUCCCCUGCAGGAGGGCAUGGCAACCCACUACAGUAUUCUUGCCUAGAGAAUCCCAUGGAUAGAGGAGCCUGGCGGGCUACAGUCCAUGGGGUCGCAAGGAGUCAGACAUGAUUGAAGCGACUUAGCAGGUACAAAACAAUGAUGAUGAUAUUCACACCUUCACAGUCCCCCAGGUUGGGUCACAUGCCCAUCUGUUGUCUUCCCAUACUAUCCUGUGAUCUAUUAUUACUGCACAGACCACACUGUAUUGAAUUAUACCCAUCCCCCAGCCAGCCUAAAAGCACCUUUGGUGAUUCAUUCAGCAAAUGUUUAUUAGGCACUGUGUCAGGCACGAGGGAUGCACUGAUAAACUAGGAGCUCUUGGUCGGGUGCAGAGUUUCGGAAGGCAUGCCAGGAAACACGGGUCCCUGUGUCAUGGUCCAAUAACUUUGGGGAUUGGCCACUCAUCAUGGCUCCCCCUGUAGUGAUUAGGUCCAUCUUAGUAUUUUAAAAGCUCUGAGGAGUCCUGUAGUAAAAGAACCUAUUUACUUCGUCCAAUCCAAGUCUGCCAGAGUUAAUGAGUAUUUGCUGAAUACAUGUGAGUCAUCUAGACAGUUCUCUCAACUCCAGUGUGUGCUUUGGUCCCCAGCUCAAGAGGAGGUCCAAGUGACCCAGUGAUGCUCAGAGACUGCUCUGGGAGUGAACAGCCUCUGGCUACUUAGGGGCCGGUGGGCUUGCUGUCCGGGGCCCCCAUGGAGACAGGGGGCCCUGGGUUGAACAAUAUGAAGCCCCGGUCCCUGCAGCUGGUGCUGGAAGAGCAAGUGCUGGCACUGCAGCAGCAGAUGGCCGAGAACCAGGCAGCCUCAUGGAGGAAGCUGAAGAGCUCCCAGGAGGCCCAGCAGAGGCAAGCAGCUCUCGUGAGGAAGCUGCAGGCCAAGGUGUUACAGUACCGGAGCUGGUGCCAGGAGCUGGAGAAGCGGCUGGAAGCCACUGGGGGACCGAUCCCUCAAAGGUGGGAAAGCAUGGAAGAGCCAAACCUGGAACAGCUGCUAAUCCGAUUGGAAGAGGAACAACAGAGUGCAGGUGUGAGAGUCUAGCGGAGGUGAACACCCAGCUUCGGCUGCACAUGGAAAAAGCUGACGUGGUGAAUAAAGCGCUUCGGGAAGAUGUGGAAAAAUUGACAGUCGACUGGAGCCGGGCCCGGGAUGAGCUAAUGAGGAAGGAGAGCCAGUGGCAGAUGGAGCAGGAGUUCUUCAAGGGCUACCUGAAAGGGGAGCACGGUCGCCUUCUGGGUCUAUGGCGGGAGGUGGUGACUUUCCGACGCCACUUCCUGGAAAUGAAGUCAGCCACUGACAGAGACCUGACGGAGCUCAAGGCUGAGCACGCGAGGCUUUCGGGGUCCCUGUUGACCUCUUGCCUGCGCCUGACUGUGGGAGUACCACCGUCUCGGGAGUCUGAUGGAUCUGGGAGACUGAAUGGAAAUGAGCCAUCCCAGUUGAUGCUGCUACUAGCCAAGACCCAGGAACUGGAGAGGGAAGCCCAUGAAAGGAGCCAGGAGUUAAUACAGCUGAAGAGUCAAGGGGGUCUGGAGAAGGCAGAGCUUCAGGAUCGGGUGACCGAGCUCUCUGCUCUGCUGACCCAGUCUCAGAAGCAAAAUGAAGAUUAUGAAAAGAUGGUGAAGGCUCUGAGAGCGACGAUGGAGAUCCUGGAGGCAAAUCAUGCAGAAUUAAUGGAACACGAGGCAUCUCUUAGUAGGAACGCCCAAGAGGAGAAGUUGUCUUUACAGCAAGUGAUCCAGGAUAUAACCCAGGCCAUGGUAGAAGAAGAGGACAGUAUGGCCCAAGGUUCUAGUCACGAGAGCUCCUUGCAGUUGGACCCUGGUGGCUUCUCUUCCCAGUUUGAUUCCCAGCAGCCAGACAAGGCUGUCUCUCUGGUGCGUUCGGUACUGACUCAGAGACGCCAGGCUGUGCAGGACCUAAGGCAGCAGCUGUCAGGCUGCCAGGAAGCUGUGAGCUCCUGGCAACAGCAGCAUCACCAGUGGGAGGAAGAGGGUGAAGCCCUGAGACAGCGGCUGCAGCAGCUCACAGGGGAGCGGGACACCCUGGCGGGGCAGACGGCGGACCUGCAGGGAGAGGUGGACUCUCUCAGCAGGGAGCGAGAGCUCCUGCAGAAGACCAGGGAGGAGCUGCAGCAGCAGCUGGAGGUGCUGGAGCAGGAGGCGUGGCGACUGCGGAGGACCAACAUGGAGCUCCAGCUGCAGGGUGACUCUGCUCAGGGCGAAAAGGAGGAACAGCAGGAGGAGCUGCACCUGGCUGUCCGAGAGAGGGAGCGUCUUCAGGAGACACUGGCGGUCCUGGAAGCCAAACAGUCCGAGUCCCUCAGUGAACUGAUCUUCCUUCGGGAAGCCCUGGAGUCCAGUCGCCUGGAAGGGGAGCUGCUGAGGCAGGAGCAAACAGAAGUGACCGCCGCGCUGGCCAGAGCAGAACAGUCAAUCGUGGAACUGUCGAGUUCUGAGAACAGCUUGAAGGCUGAGGUCGCUGAUCUUCGGGCUGCAGCUGUCAAACUGAGCGCCUUAAACGAGGCUUUGGCCUUAGAUAAAGUUGGGCUGAACCAGCAGCUUCUCCAGUUAGAACAGGAGAACCAGUCUGUGUGCAGGAGGAUGGAGGCAGCAGAGCAGGCGAGAAGCACUUUGCAGGUGGACCUGGCAGAGGCCGAGAGGAGCAGGGAAGCCCUGCGGGAAAAGAACAGCCACCUGGAGGCCCAGCUGCAGAAAACAGAAGAGACCAGGGCGGAGCUGCAAGCGGACCUCAGGGGCAUCCAAGAAGAGAAGGAAGAAAUUCAAGAGAAGCUAAGCGAGACAUAUCACCAGCAGGAGGCGGCUUCAGCUCAGAUAGAACAGCUAAAGCAAGAGACAACGUGCCAGGAAGAGAUGCUCGCCCGAGAAGUCCAGGAGAAGGAGGCUCUGGCACGGGAGAAGGCAGCUCUCGAGGUGCGGCUGCAGGCUGUGGAGCAAGACCGGCAGGAGCUUGCAGAACAACUGCUGGGGCUCAGGUCAGCCAAGGAGGUACUGGAGAGCAGUCUGUUUGAGGCCCAGCAACAAAAUUCUCUGACAGAGGUCACCAAAGGGCAGCUGGAGGUCCAGAUUCAAACUGUCACUCAAGCCAAGGAAGUAAUCCAAGGGGAAGUGAAGUGCCUGCAGCUGGAAUUGGACACUGAACGGAGCCGGGCUGAGCAGGCACGGGACACAGCAGCCAGGCAGCUGGCUCAGGCUGAGCAAGAAGGGCAGGCUGCCCUGCAGCAGCUGAAGUCGGCCCAUGAGGAGGAGGUGAAUCGGCUCCAGGAGAAGUGGGAAGAAGAGCGCUCCCGGCACCGGCAGGAACUGGAGAAGGUUCUGGAGAGCCUGGAGAGGGAGAAGAUGGAGCUGGAAGCGAGGCUGAGGGAACAACAGGCAGAAAUGGAGGCUAUGCGGGCGCAGAGGGAGGAAGAGCGGGCCGAGGCCGAGAGCGCCCUGUGCCAGAUGCAGCUCGAGACAGAGAAGGAGAGGGUGUCCCUCCUGGAGACACUGCUGCAGACCCAGAAGGAGCUGGCAGAGGCCAGCCAACAGCUGGAGCGGCUGAGGCAGGACAUGAAGGUUCAGCAGUUAAAGGAGCAGGAGACCACUGGGAUGCUGCAGACCCAGCUCCAGGAGGCUCAGCAGGCGCUGGAGCAGGCAGCCCAGCAGCACAGAGACAGUCUGGCGACCCUCCAGGAGGAGGGCCGCGUCCUGCUGCAGGAUAAGACAGACCUGCAGAAGCAGGUGGAGGACUUGAAGUCUCAGCUGCUUUCCAAAGAAGCCUCCCAGAGGUUCGUGGACCAGGAGGUUCAGGAAAAGCUGAGAGAGGCCCAGGAGUGUAGCCGAAUUCAGAAGGAGCUGGAGAGAGAAAAAGCCAGCCUGACUCUGUCGCUGGUGGAAAAGGAACAGAGACUCCUUGUUCUGCAAGAGGCUGACUCUGUUCAACAGCAAGAGCUGAGCUCCUUGCGCCAGGACAUGCAGGAGGCCCUGGCCGGGCAGAAAGAGCUCAGCGCCCAGGUGGAAUUACUGAAGCAGGAGGUGAAGGAAAAGGAGGCUGACUUCCUGGCCCAGGAGACUCAGCUGCUGGAGGAGCUUGAGGCGUCUCGAGUCACCGAACAACAGCUCCGAGCUUCCUUGUGGGCCCAGGAGACCAAGGUGGCCCAACUACAGCUGCGCCUGCGCAGCGCAGAGAGCCGGCUGGAGGCGCUGGCGGCAGAGCAGCAGCCUGGGCACCAGGCCCAGGUCCAGCUGGCCAGCCUCUAUUCUGUCCUGCAGCAGGCCCUGGGGUCUGCCUGUGAGAGCAGGCUGGAGCUAAAUGGCGGGGGAGACUCAGCACCCUCCCUCUGGGGCCCGGAGCCAGACCAGAAUGGCGCUAGGAUCCUCUUUAAGAGAGGGCCCCUCCUGACGGCUCUCUCAGUUGAGGCAGUGGCAGCCGCCCUCCACAAGCUUCACCAAGACCUGUGGAAGACGCAGCAGGCCCGGGAUGAUCUGCGGGAUCAAGCCCAGAAGCUGGAACAGCGUCUCAGUGAUAUGGAAGCUGAGAAGAGCCAGGUCCACACAGAGUUGCAGGCUCUGCAGAGACAGCUCUCCCAGAAUAAGGAAGAGAAAUCCAAGUGGGAAGGCAAACAGAACUCCCUAGAAUCUGAGCUGAUGGAACUGCGUGAAACUGUGGCAUCCUUACAGAGUCGCCUCCAGCAAGCAGAGCUGCAAGGAGUGGAAGCCCAGAAUGAGCGCAAGUUACUGCAGGCAGCCAAGGAGAGCCUGACUGCCCAGGUGGAACAUCUCCAAGCCUCUGUCACAGAAGCCAGGGCUCAGGCAAGUGCUGCUGUGGCCCUGGAGGAAGAUCUGCGGAUGGCGCGCUCAGCCCUGAAACUGAAAAAUGAGGAGGUGGCAAAUGAGCGCCAGCGAGCCCAGGCCCUGCAGGAGCAGGGUGAGCUGAAAGUGGCCCAGGGGAAGGCUCUGCAGGAGAAUCUGGCUCGCCUGGCCCAGGCCCUCUCGGAAAGAGAAGGGGAGGUGGAGACUCUGCAGGGGAAAAUCGAGGAACUGGAGAAGCAACGGGAAAUGCAGAAGGCUGUGUUGGAAGUGCUGUCUCUGGACCUGAAGAAGAGGAACCGAGAGGUGGAUCUACAGCAGGGACAGAUCCAGGAGCUGGAGGAGUGUAGGUCUGUGCUAGAGCAUCUCCCCGUGGCUGUUCAGGAGCAAGAGCAGCAGCUGGCCCUGCAGAGAGAGCGGAUCCGGGAACUUGAGAAGGACCGGGAGACGCAGACGAGCAUCCUAGAGCAUCAUCUCCUGGAACUUGAGAAGAAGGUCCAAGUGAUUGAGUCCCAGAAAGGCCAAAUUCAGGACCUGAAGAAGCAGCUGGUUACGACGGAAUGCCUGGCCCUGGAGCUCGAGGAGAAGCGUCACAAAACGGAGAGCCAGCGAAAGGCGAUAGAGGAGCUGGAGGGCCAGAGGGAAGCACAGAGGGUGGCUCUGACCCACCUAACGCUGGACCUGGAGGAAAGGAGCCAGGAACUGCUGGCACAGGGCAGCCGGAUCCAGGAGCUGGAGGGCCACAGCACUCUCCUGGCUAGUGAGCUCCAGGAGAAGGAGCAGGAGGCCAUGGCCCAGCAAGACCAGAUCCGGGAUCUGCAGAGGCAGAAAGAGCGUCUGAGUCAAGACCUGGAGAGGAGGGAGCAGGAGCUAGUGCUGCUAAAGGAGAGGACGCAAGCCCUGGAAGAUCAGAGGAGCCGGCAGACCAAGAUCCUGGAGGAAGACCUGGAGCAGAUCAAGCUGGCCCUGAGAGAGCGGGGCCGGGAGCUGGUCUCGCAGCGGCAGCUGAGGCAGGAGUGGGCAGAGGAAGGGAAGGGCCAGAGCAAAGCUCAGCGUGGAAGCCUGGAGCACAUGAAGCUGAUCCUGAGAGAUAAGGAGAAGGAGGUGGAGUGCCAGCAGGAGCACAUCCAGGAGCUUCGGGAGCACAGGGACCAGCUGGAACAGGAGCUCCAGGGCCUCCACAGGAAGGUGAGUGAGACCAGCCUCCUUUUGACCCAGCGGGAGCAGGAGAUUGCGGUUCUGCAGCAGCACCUGCAGGAAGCCCGGGACCAGGGGGAGCUGAAAGAGCAGGAGCUUCAGGGGCGGCUGGAAGAGACCCAGAGGGUCCUGGUGCAGAGGACCCAGGAGCUCCAGGCCCUGCAGCAGCAAGAGGCCCAGGGCCAGGAGAAGAACGUGAAGGAGCAGGCGGACUCACUGCAGACCGCCCUGGAGCAGGCGCAUGCUGCCCUGGAGGAGCGCCAGGCUGAGCUCGAGGAACACAAGGAACAUGCGCGGAGGCUCCAGGAAGAGCUGGCAGUGGAGGGGCGGCGGAGCCAGGCCCUGGAGGAGGUGCUGGGUGACCUUCGGGCAGAGGCUCAGGAGCAGGAGAAGGCGCUGCGGGCCCUCCAGCAGCAGUGUGCCGAGCAGGCCCAGGAGCACGAGGCGGAGGCCCGGGCCCUGCGGGACAGCUGGCUGCAGGCAGAGGCGCUGCUCGACGCCCGCGACAGGGAGCUGGAGGCCCUACGGGCAGAGGGCCAGGCCUCCCAACGGCAGGAGGAGGCUGCCCGGGGCCAGGCUGAAGCUCUGCAGAAGGCCCUUGGCCAGGCUCAGGCCGCCCUGCGGGAGAAAGAGCAGCAUCUUCACGGGCAGGCCGAACUGAGCCGCAACCUGGAGGCCAGCACAGCCACCUUGCAGGCUGCCCUGGACUCCUGCCAGGCCCAAGCCCGGCAGCUCGAGGAGACCCUGAGGAAGCGGGAAGGUGAGAUCCAAGACGGGGACCUCCGGCACCAGGAGGCCGUGCGGCAGCUCCAGCAGGCACUUGCCCAGAGGGACAGAGAGCUGAGAGAGCUGAGGAGGCAGGGGCAGCUGCUGGAGAAGUCUCUGGCCCAAGAGAAGCAGGAGCGCAGGCACGAGAGAGAAGGGGAAGAGGUGAGGGGCCUCCGGGAGAGCCUCAGGGAGCUACAGCGGACCCUGGCUCAAAAGGAAGACGAGCUCCUGGAGCUGCGGGAGGCCCAGCAAAGGAAGGAUCUGGAGGACGCGCCCCACAGCCACAAAACCUCACCCAGGGAGGAGCCGUCUCCCCCACUUGACUCCUCAGGGCCCAGGCUGCAGCGGGAGCUGGAGCGACUGCAGGGGGCCCUGAGGCAGACGGAGGCCAGGGAGAUCGAGUGGAGGGAGAAGGCCCAGCACCUGGCGCUGUCCCUGGCCCAGAGCAAGGCCAGCGUGAGCAGUCUGCAGGAGGCGGCCCUGCUCCUACAGGCCUCCGUGCUGGAGCGGGACUCGGAGCAGCAGAGGCUACAGGACGAACUAGAGCUCACCAGACAAGCUCUGGAGAAGGAGCGACUCCACAGCCUGGGCCUGACCAGCCAAGCAGAACAGGGGCCUGGAGGAGGGCCUGGAGGAGAGCCCGGCAUCGGGCUGGGAGAGGUCUCAGAGGUGAAGAUGGAGCGAAGUCCCGAGGCAGAGGAGAAGCAGUGCUGGGAGCAGAGGCUUGAACACCUGCAGCGAGCGGUGGCGCAGCUGGAGGUUGACCGGAGCCGGCUGCAGCACCACAACGCCCAGCUGCGGACCACCCUGGAGCAGGUGGAGCGAGAGCGGCGGAAACUGAAGAGGGAGUCCAUGCGCACGUCGAGGACAGGGGUCCUAGAGAGCAGUGGAGCCACAACACCGCCCCCCACCCCCCAGGAUGGAAGAGGAGGACAGAAGGUCUCCUUGGAUGCCACGCACAUGGCUGAGCUGCAGAAAGAGGUGGCCCUCCUGCGAGCCCAGCUGGCCUUGGAGCGGAAACAGAAGCAGGACUACAUCGCCCGCUCGGUGCAGACGAGCCGUGAGCUGGCGGGCCUGCACCACAGCCUCUCUCACUCCCUCCUGGCCGUGGCCCAGGCCCCCGAGGCCACCGUCCUGGAGGCCGAGACCCGCAAGCUGGAUGAGUCCCUGACUCAAAGCCUGACAUCGCCCGGGCCCAUCCUGCUGUGUCCCAGCCCCAGCCCUGCUCAAGGCGCCUCCAGGUAGCAGCCACAGCCUGGGAGCACGCAGACAGACAAGACGGCGGUAGAGUGGGUUGUGGCCGCUCCACGCAGUUGCAGUUGGCCAGAACAAGUUCUGGCUCUGUGACCCAACCUGGGAGCCCCAGGUCGGCGGACAUUCCCAGGAAGAGGGGAGGAAACCCACAAGGCUGGGGGCAGGCCCCGACUCACAGGGGAAUGAGGACACAACACUUGUUGCCAACCUGCAGUCACCCCGAGAAUGCCUUGCCCUGGCCAAGUGGGUAUCUGCAGCCUCUCGCGAGAACUCAUUAUCCAGCCCCUCACCAUCUGUCACCUCCCCUUUCAGUAAUAAACCCUGGGUCUUGGCA